GGCGCCGGGCCGGGCGGUUGGCCGCGGCGGCGAGGGCCCCUGGCGGCGAACGCGUGUGGACACGCGCGGAGGGAAUUGGGGUCCUGCCUCCGUGUGGGUCGUCCGUCUUUCGUUACGCUAAAUUGUCCCGAGGCGGCCCGGGGUCUCUGCCUUGGCUGAGCGGCCGCUCGGGGAGCCGGUGGGACGGGGGUGCGGGCGCCGCGGGGGAUGGAGUGAGCGGCGAGGGAAAUGCCCCUUUCUGCGGACCUGAGGGUGUGCUGUGCCAGGAGAUGUGCAUUUUCCUGUGUCUGUACCAGCUGUUCAAAGAAGGAAGAGAAAAGAGCAAAGCUUGCAGAGGCUGCAGAGAGAAGACAGAAGGAGGCUGCAUCUCGGGGCAUUUUGGAUGUUCAAUCUGUGGAACAAAAGAGAAAGAAAAAGGAAAAAAUAGAAAAACAAAUUGCUACGUCUGGGCCCCCACCAGAAGGUGGACUUAGAUGGACAGUGUCAUAAAGCAUAACAUGAGCGACGAGUCUACUGCCAGUAACUAAUGUCUGCGAUCAUAUGGAUGUCCUCAGUUUAAUUUCUUCUCUUUGAAUAAAUGAAGAUUCAGACUGUAA